AUGACGUGGCGUGGUGAACCCUGGCCUCAUCGGAAGAAGAAGUCGUUCAUUGAGAAGAAGAAGGCCGUGACCUUUCACCUGGUCCACAGGAGUCAGAGGGACCCGCUGGCUGCAGACGAGAAAGCCCCGCAACACGUCCUGCUGCACGCCAACAAGGUUUCUCAGCUGGACACGGAGAAGAGGCGCGAGGAGCAGAGGGAGUUUGGCGUGUUCUUCGAUGACGACUACAACUACCUGCAGCACCUGAAGGAGCCGUCGGUCCCGUCGGAGCUGGUGGCAGUCGGCCCCCGGCACACCGACAGGUGUCUGAUUCAUCUCGAUGAUGACGAGGACGAGGAGGGUGAAACGGACAAGGCCGUUCCUGCCGCUAGCAUCAACCUUCCCUCUUCAGUGUUUGCCUCAGAGUUUGAAGAGGAGGUGGGACUUCUGAACAAAGCCGCUCCGAUCUCAGGACCACGGCUGGACAUGGACCCCGACAUCGUGGCAGCUCUCGACGAAGACUUCGACUACGACGACCCCGACAACCUCCUGGACGACGACUUCAUCGCCAAAGCAAACACUGCAAGCGGAGUCGCGGACAUCGGAGAUGACGAUGACGAUGAUGAUGAUGAGUGGGAGGACACAGACUCUGAAGGCUACUUUGACUCUGAAGGCGGGUUUUCGGGUGACGAAAAUACGGAGGGCCGCGGCCCGGAGUUUCUCUUUAUGGACGAAGAGACGAAGAGUCGAUUCACGGAGUACUCAAUGACAUCGUCCGUGAUGCGGAGGAACGAGCAGCUCACCCUGCUGGACGACCGCUUCGAAAAGUUUUACGAGCAGUUUGAUGACGACGAGAUCGGCGCUCUGGACAACGCAGAGCUGGAGGGCUUCAUCCAGCCGGACAGCGCUCGCCUGGAAGAAGUGAUCAAAGACUAUUUCAUACAGAAAGAGAAAGAGUACCUGAGGCCUGAUGACUUGGGUCCAAAAGAACUUCCUGUCCUGAAGGAGGAAGAUGAGGAAGAUGAUGAGGAGGAAGAAGAGAUGGAAACUGUUGUUAUCAAAGCUCCGGAAGAGAAGUGGGACUGUGAAACCAUCAUCAGCACAUAUUCCAACAUAUAUAACCGACCCAAGAUCAUUCAGGAACCACCAUCGACCAAGCCGAUCCGCGUGUCCAGUAAGACGGGCAUCCCUCUGGACGUCCUUCCUGCCAAAGGCCUGACCGCCAAGCAGGCGGAGCGCAUGACUCGGAUCAACGACUCGGACCUGCCCCGAGUCUCCACCCAGCACCGCGACAAGGAGGAGAGCAAAGAGGAGAGGAAGGCCAGGAAACAGGCCAUCAAGGAAGAACGCAAGGAGCGGCGAGAGGAGAAGAAAGCCAACAAGAUGGCGUUCAAGGAAGAAAAAGUCCGCCAGGAGAAGCAGAUGUUGAACCUGAGAACAAACGUUCAAGGCCUGAAGCUUUAG